AUGGGUGUAUAUUUUAGUGAGGCUAAAGUUUAUAUUUAUGAUGAUAUAAAAGGGAACGAUAUUUAUGAUAACAUUAAAAAUAAUAAUGAAAAUAUUCAUGUUAGUAUAUAUGGUGGUCAAAAGAAACGUCAUGUGGAAAAACGCAAGCACCAAAUGAAAUGUAGUGAUGAAGAAAAUAUAUUAUAUGAUUCCAAAGUUGAAAAAGAAAAUUGUAAUGACACUAUAGAGGGAGAAGAAAGUAAUCAUAAUAUGAAUAUUGAAAAGGAAGAUAUUCCAUCUAAAGGAAGUAUAAAGAAAAGUAAAAUUCUUUAUAAAGAAUGCAUAUCUCAUGAGGAAGAUGAAAUAAAGAAUGUAAGGAAUGAAAAUAAUAUAGUUGAUAAAAUUGUAGUAAAAUUGAGAGAUAGGACAUGUACAUAUGAGGAAGAUGAUUAUAUAAAUAAUAUGACUAUAAAGAAAAAAGAGAAUAUAGAAGAAGGAAUAAAAUUAUUAUGUAAUUUGAAGGAUGAUUUUGUGAUAGGCAGUAUGGAAAAUAAAGAAGAUAAGGAUAAAAUAAAGAUAUCACAAUGUAAUUAUGAUAAAAUGAGAGUAAGAUAUAAUGAGUGUAAAUAUAAUGGAUAUGUAAAAGAUGGUGAUAAAUAUAAUGAUAGUAAUAAUAUUGAUAGUAAUAAUAAUGAUAGUAGUAGUCAUAUUCAUGGUAAUAAUGUGAAGGGUUUUUUAUAUGAUAAUAGUACUGAUACAGGUGGCGCCUCAACUUUUUCAGCUCUUAUAAAUAAAGAUAAGAUAUACCAUUAUGACAAGCCAGAUUUAUAUAAUAAAAGAAAUUUUGUAGAACCUGAAAAAAAAUUAGAACCCAAAAAGGAAACUAUAACAUUUUCCUUUAGAGAUAAAUAUUAUGAGGAAUUGAAAGAUGUUGAUCCUAGGGGUAGUAAAUUUUUUCAGAACGACAAGGAUGAAUAUACAAAUUAUAUGUUAAUAAAUGAUGAACAUAUAAAAGAUCAUGGUUUGAAAGAAAACAAGGAGAAAUCAUCUGUUCUUUGUAAAGGGUAUGAUUUAUAUGGUAAUAAAUCUGUUGAAAGGUUAUAUAAUAACAAAUGUAUAAAUAAUUACAUAAAAGGUAAGAUGAAAGACAAUAAGAUAAAUAAAAUAAAAGGAAUAUCAUGUGAAAAGAAUAUAUAUUCUAUACAUAAUAAAAUAAGAAAGAAGGAAGAGGAUAUUUGUGUAAAGGAUGGUAUGCAAAAUGGAAAAAAGAUAAAAGAGAAAAACAAAAUACAUAUUAAAUUACAAGAUGUUUUUGAUAUGAAGACUUGUAAGAACAAUGAUAUGUUUACAUGUCCUAUGAAAAAAGAGAAACCGAUUGAUGCUUAUAAGAAUUAUGGAAAUACAUUAUAUAGUUGGAUUGUAAAAAAAAAAAAUUUUAAUUAUCCUACUUCGAUUAAAGGAAAAGAUAAGAAGGUGUAUAAUAUUGAUGAUGUUGAAAAAAAAUCCGUGCAAAGAAUAUAUGAAAGUAAAUUAUCUGAAAAAAGUAAGGAGGAAAAGAAAAAUGGAAGUUUGAAUAAUAGGACUGAUAUUAAGAAUAAAAAGGGCAUUUUAAAAAAUAAAUCUAUCGUCUAUAAAGAUAAUAAAACUAUGAAUCCAUUUAAUCUGAGAAACAAUUUGUUGAACAUUUUAGAUACAUCAAAAUUGUAUCCUAAAUGUGAGUUAAUCUGUAGAAUUAAGAAGUCAUAA